AUGUCCCCCAAUGUCGCGGCUGCUGCAACCACGGUCGAGGUUUUCGCGAGGCGCACUGUACAACGAGCCCACCAAGCAUUAGUUGCGGUGCUCGAUUCGCCAGUGAUGCUGGGCCCACUUGAUCAGUUGGGCCCGCCGUUUGUCCCAACCACCGUGGUCUACGCCUACAAGCAGCCUGCCUCAAGUUCUAUUGCGGAUGAUAACCAUAGCGAGCUCAUCGACGUCGACCGCUUAGCACGUGCGAUGGAACUGCUUCUCGACUAUUAUCCGCACCUGACAGGACGUCUUCAGUUCAAUCCCUCGGAUGGAACGCCUGAGAUCGCCCACUUGGAUACCGGAAUCGAGCUGCUCGAAGCGAGUUGUAGAGCUCGGCUAGACGAGUCGGAGGACGCGGGUACGGGUCGCAUUAUGAUGCCCGCCCUCCCGGAUUCCGGCAACGCGCUCCUGCCACCCUUUGUUCCUACCCUGGAAGCUGUUUGCCGCAACCCCAUCUUUUCUAUCCAGCACACACGGUUUGCGUGUGGCUCUGUCACGCUCGGCUUGUCCAUUCACCACAUAGUGUGCGAUGCUGAGGGCUUCUUCCAACUGAUACGCGACUUGGCUGAGCUCUAUCGUGGGCUCCGUGGUGCUGAGGCGAAGGCUGGUUUGGAGCCCGAAGCCGCUGUUGCCGCGCUUGCUCACCCACCACACAUUCGAUCGUACCUUUCGGAGUUAAGCGACAUGAUGCAGGAAGAGCGUCAGAAGAUGGUCAAUUUCCAACCUGGAUUGUACACUUUAGCUCCUAGUCACGGCGGAAAAACUGCAGGCACUGAAGCCGUGACCGCCCAUGCAGCCCCUUCAGCUUCUUCUCAGCCCCCGGUGGUCGGGCGCGUACUACGCUUUUCUAGCUUUGAGCUAGAGAUGCUGAAAAACUCGGCAACGGAUCCGGACGGACGCGGGUGGGUGUCUACCUUUGACGCGCUCUCAGCGCACAUCUUCCAGCGCGUGUAUCAAGCGCGUCUCCGGUUGCGCCGGUCCCAAGGGCUACCAUCAUCCGACGACACGUCAGACAUACCUCGCGGCUUCCUUACAUCUGUCAACCUCCGCAACUCGGACCGGCUCGACCUUCCACCGCGCUAUUUCCCCAACGCCGUCGUCACGACCUUCACGACACUGCCCCACGACGUGAUUGCCAAGGGGCCGCUGUGGAAAGUCGCAAAGAUCAUCCACGACUUGACCCGCUCAGUGGUGCCGCAGGACGUGGACCAGGAUCUCCGCUGGGUCGCGGCGCAGCCGGAUAAGCGCCGGAUCAAGCCUGCCAUCGUGAAUGGGCUUGGAAGUUUCAUCGUUACCCAGUGGUGCAAGUUCGGCAUGUACGCUGGCGCGGACUUCGAUGUUGAUGCACACGGCGUUCCAAUUCCUCCGGCUUUGGUGUCGCCACCGUUCACGCAAAUAUCGCUUUUGGACGGCCUAGCCUUCUUUUUGGCGACUGAGGAGCAAUGCUCCCAGCGAGCAGCUCCAACCGGCACCGACAUGUCAGCGCGUCAUAGUACUUCGGCUAUAGAUGUCAACCUCACCAUCAGCGAACCAGUCUGGCAGUUCUUCGACCCUUCUGUAGCAUAG